UUCAUUAACGAACCUUUCAUCAUGGAACUCGAACUGAAAGAAUUGAGGUCAUCACUACUAGAUGAGAAGCACUAUUCUUCUGAAUUAAAAAAAGAACUUGAUAGACUUAGUGCCAUAAUCGCUAAACAAAAUAAAGUUGCUGAGGGAGAAAUGCCUUAUUUAUUGCAACAAGUGCAGAUGCUGGAAGCUGGAAAAGCAUUGGUUACGCAGCGGUUGCUUGAAACAGAAAAAGAAUUAAAUGCUGCAACACGUCUUAUUGAAAGUUCAAGAGUUGAGAAAGAUGGAAUAGUGACGAAAUUGGGUGAAGUAUCAGCCAAAGUUACUAAAUUGACUGAGGAAAUUGAAGAUAAACAAGCAGAGAAAACUUUGCUUGGUGACGAAUUGGUGCGUUAUAGAAAAGAGAUUAAUGUGAAUUAUCUAAAUUUACUUUUAAGACCAUCUGAAGAUGAUGUGAGAGUACUUCGACAAGAACUUGUGCAUGCACAACAAUUAAUGAAUAAGAUGACUCUUGAGAAGGAAGAGGAAAUAGCAGAACAUUUGGCUACAAUAUGCCAUCUCAACAAAGAUAAUCAGCAGUAUAUUCAGUUUCUGUUUGAUCGUUCAUUGGAAAUUUGUCAUGAAAAUUUCAUUCGUGUCAAGAUGUCAAAAGUCUUGCAAAAUCUCGCUUCAUGUAAAAACUAUGCUUUUCAGAUUGCUGAGGAAGAUGACGUAAAUUUGGCAAUGAAACGAAUGCAAGAAGAAAACACUAAACUUAAGGAUUACAUUAAAGAAAUGAAUAUUUUAAACAAACAAUUAAAAGAGGAUAAUGAAGAACUUGCAAAUAAAGAACAGUUUUCAGAAAAAUUAGCUUUGGAAAAAGAAAAAUUAAGAACUGUGGGAGAAACUUCGAAUAAAGCUCGCCACAAAUAUGCAGUGGCAGAAGACGACGUAAAUAAUAAAUUCAGAUGCCUAAAAUCAGAAAGCGAUCUCGAUUUUGAAAGGGACCGCGCUGCGGAAAAUAAACGACGAUUUGAUGACGCAAUUUCCGCCAUGCAUGAUCUCGGCAGAGCAAAUCAGUCUUUGCAGAUGGACAUUUCAAAACACUUUAAUAGAAAGUGGCUAGAUGAUUCGGAAGCCGUAAAUUGUAACCUUUGCACCAAAUUGUUUUCGCUGACCGUUCGAAAACAUCAUUGUAGGCACUGUGGUCUGAUUUUCUGUGGAAAUUGUACUCAACACACUGCUGAAGUACCUUCACAUAAAAAUCCAGUUCGUGUCUGCAGUAUUUGCUACGAAGAAAUUACUAACCGCUAA